AACAAAACAAACACCUCUUGGUUUGCCCAUAUGAAUGUGAUUUUGUAUUUACACAAUUUGAUUGUAAAAUUUACUUUUAUAUAUGAUUUUAUUAUUAUUAGUUUUUAGUGAACUGAUAAUAUAAAAUAAUUAUGUAAUUGAUUACUAUAUAUAUAUAUAUAUAUAUGUUGACCAAAAAUAAUAUAUAUAUAUUUCAAAUUUUAAGUGAGUCAGUGAUGUAAAUAUCCUUUAAAUCCAAUGUAUAUUUUUGCCUACGACCCAAGUGAGAAGAAAUAUAUAUAGGGAAAAAACGUACUCAUUCAAUUUAAAAUAAAAAAUACUCUCGUAAUUACAAUUCAACCGUUGGUCUUAGAAAAGUGAUGGUUUUAUUUUGAAAAUUUAUUAUUUGUUAUCUUAUUAUAAGUCGAUAUAAUUGGUAGUUUAACCACACAUUGCACUUAUUCCUUGUAACUUGGCUCCCACAAGCUCACCUGAAAGACUCUCACUCUCUCCCUCUCUUAAGCACUUUCUCAUGUUCGGAAUUACGGCAAGACAUGAUGACCAACUCGGCACCGCAACCAUACCAACCAUAUACAUGGACCCACCUUCCCUAGACCAGCCGUGCCACAACUCAGACCACCGUUCAAUAGAAACCCUAGUCGUUAUCUUAGCUGUCAUCACCAUUUUAUCCGUCUUAGCCGGCAUCUUUGCUAGGCUUUGCGGCGGACGCCAUUUAUCUGACAGCGGAGACCACCACAUCGAAGGUUGGGUGGAGAGGACGUGCCGUAGCUGCAUCGAUGCUGGAGUCCCCACCGUCGCUGCCGCUCCUCUUCCACCGCCUCCAGCGACCACAGAAAUAGUGGAAGAGCAAAGCAAGCCAACAGCCGCGGGAGAUCAAAGCAAGAAGUGAAAAAAGUGAAGUAAAAAAGUGAAGUAAAAAAGGGUGAACCUAAAUUCUUCAGUUUAGCUCUUAAUUAACCUCAUGUAAUCGUCGAAAAAGUGAAAACAUUAUGUAAUCUCCGUAAUUUUGAAGACAUCGUUUUACUUAUUUUAUAUACGGACACUGAUUUCGGAAUUUCCACAGAUGGUUUAUGA